CGAAAACCCGCGGCGUUCGACCGCCGGUGCCAGUAUACCAUGUCCUUAGCGGAGGGCGCAUCUGACAACGACCAAGCUCGCCAAGAGGACACCAAGAGCGACAAGAGGCAGAUGUCAGACUCGUACAUGUGGAAAGAACAGAUUCACACUCUCAUGAAGGGCGGAGAGAGCGAGUCCGACAUAUCGGACUCCGAACACUUCCUCACGAAGGGCGCGUUCCUUCUCACUCCCUCUCACGGGCUCAGCAUGGAGAAGGCCUCCGCUAUCUGCGAGAAGAUGGAGUUCAAAGGCUGCUUCUCCCUCACUAAGACGGCUACUGGGAUCCUCUUCAAGUUCUCAAGCGUGGACGACUACCAGAUGGUCUUCAAGAAGGGAUUCCACAAAGUGACGGGAUCAAGGUUCUAUAGGAAGAUUUUCCAAGUUUAUGCAGAUUGGGUAUGGACAUCGUACAUUGAUACACAGAUGAUCGCCAUCCCGUGCCGGCCGCAGAAGACUUUCACCGUGUAUGUGUACGACGUCCCCGACGAGGUGCCUGAGGAGGACGUGCGCCACGCUCUCUACAAGUUCACCUCCGUGGUCGAAGUGGUGCGUCUACACUUCACCGGUUCUCCCAGGGAAGGGAAUACUGGAACCUCCACCCCCAAGCCGAUGGAGAAAACUCCUCCCCGCGCGCUGACCACCAUCGACGGCGAACUGGUCAGCAGCAUGGUGCCCAAGGAGGCCAGCAGCGUCAUCCGCGUGACCCUGGCCAACAUAGAGGAGGCCAACAUCCUGCUGCAGAACGGACUCGACUUCUACGGCGCUACGUACUUUCCUACGGAGCUGGCGACUCCAGCGCAGGCCGCUAAGCUUAUUAAACCGAGCAGAGUCACAGGAGGCACUGUAUCAGCUCGAGUCCGCGAUCUUCUACCAGUUUUCGACCAGCAGGGCUUCGCCAAGUUUGCCCCCCCCGCCUCUCGACUGGUCAAGCCCCGGUCCAAGUAAACAAACCCUCGCCAAGUCCCCACAACACUUGGCUAUGAAGCCAAGGGCACGGCUGACCCUGACGACCCGGCCAAGAACACGGUUCUAUCGAAAUAUAAUGUAACCACAGUAAAUCAGUACUAAUAUCGAAAUUAAUGAUGAGAUUAUUUUUAGAAGAUCCUUUUGUACCAUCCUGCAUUUACAUGUUACGAGAUACUAACGUGCCAUUGAUAGAACUUGUAUUUACCAUUGUUACCAAUAAAUUAAUUUAAUUACU